GCAGGGACAGGAAAAACAGGACGAGGGAAGGAGAAGGAGGAGGAGGAGGAGACACUGAGCGAGCGUGGUGGUGGUGGUGGACAUGGCAGAUGCGCCGCUGCUUGGAUUGCAAGGGGGGGAUGAUGUUCUUGAUGAGGCCAGCGCAGAUGCUGCUGCGGGACCUGUGCCCAUCACUGUGCCCCGUUCCUUCAGUUAUCGCCUCGAUGCGGGCAAUGACCUCUUGGGAAGUCGACGAUCUAGCGCUGCUUCCCUCUUCAGCAGCCGCCUCGAGUCCACCAACUCGCUCCUUAGCAUCGGGCGUGAUUCAGAGUUCGGAAGUAGAUAUGGGUUUGGGAACACUUAUGUUCAAAUAGACGAUACGGGGAUUUAUUUAUCAUCUCUAGCGGUCACGAUAAUUCUGUCCGCUGUGGCGACUUUAGGGAUUGUAUUCUUCACCCUUGUGGUGACACUGGCUGUCAUGUUGGGGCAGUGCGAAGACAAACCCAAGAUUCUGGAAAAACCUAACCAGUGUGCGAGCUUCGCGUUGAGCGCUGAGGUGUAUAAUCUGCGGAACUGGACUCUUCCACAAGAUUGCAUUACAAAUGCGGAAAUAUACAUUGGUUCAGGCCAGUACUAUGUCGACUUCGCUCUCGCAAUCGACGCAGCAAGAACAUACCUAAGGUCAGUGGUGGUUGAGUCUGAUGGUCGGGACUUGCUCGUCCUUGACCUUGACGAUACAAUGUUAUCCAGCCUUCCUUUACUUCGGCUGCACCACUUUGGUGCUGAAUAUUUCAAGCAAGACGUGUGGGAUGGAUAUGUUAACCUUGCGAAGAUGCCACCCUUGGACCCAAUGUUGUCCUUGUACAAGGAGCUUAAAGCCCUCAACUGGAGUAUUGCCAUCAUUUCUGAUAGGGACGAAGGGCAACGGAAUGCUACUGUCACAAACUUGAACAGCGCGGGAUACAAAGAUUACAUUCUUAUUCUCAGAUCGGAGCCAGGUCCAAUAGUAGACUUCAAAUCGAAGUCUAGACUGGAGCUUGAAAAGCAAGGGUUUCGUUUGUGGGCUGGAAUUGGGGAUCAAUGGAGUGAUCUCACCGGUCAGGCUGUUGGCAAACGCACUUUCAAGCUUCCUAACUCUUUGUACUAUGCUUAGUGCACAAGCAUUUCUUUUGUGAUUCUUUCUUUAUUAUCUUUAGGUUACUAUAAUCGAGUACACAGUUGGACCCUUUCAAUGUUAGAUUAUUUAUGGAUGUUGCUUACCAUGAUGAAGGUUUUUUUUCCUUGUAAAUUGCUGCUAGCAGCCUUGGAAACAUGCCAUUGUAAUUUUCUACAGGUGCACCUUGAUUCAAUUGCGAGUUCUGAGUAUUUAAAUACAGUUAAGGUCAGAGAUGCCAUCCUAGAAAUCGGCCAUUUAGAAGCCAUUUUUGUUUCAUAUUAAGGGACGAGAAUGUUAAUUUGAAUUCAAUGA